AUGGAAGUGUUCUUGACAUCACUCACACCACAACAACGCAUCAGUUGGAAUUCAAUCAAAGGCCAGUUGGUUCAUGGUGCUAUGAAUACAGUUACUAGUCAUCUCGGUGCAAUCCUUGGUAAACGCAAUGCUGAUGAUGCUAAAAUGGAAUUGUUCUUGACAUCACUCACAUCACAACAACGUAGCUUGUUGAACCAUAUCAAAGACCAAUUAUUGAAUGGUUCUAUUGGCACAGCUAUUCUUGCUGUCCUUGGUAAAAAAUGA